AUGGGGUUCAUCAGCGGGAUCCUCUACGUCGUCAUCCUCAUCCUCAAUGCCAUGUGCAUCCUCUCCGAAGACCGCUUCCUCGCGCGCAUCAACCUCUCCCCGAAAUCCAUCGACCCGACCUUCGGACAGUCUGGCGGGGACGCAAGCGUCUGGAGCAAGGUGGCCAGCUUGAUAUCGAGCGUGCGGAUGGUUGUGAGGUUCCCUCUGAUAUUCGUAAACGCCGUGAUAAUAGUCUACGAGCUGAUCCUGGGAUGA